UAAAGAUAUAGUCACAAUUUGGUAAAACACUAUUAUUGAUAAAUUUCCUUAAAAAGCGAUAGGAAUUCCCAGAUAACACGUAAAUGGAUUUUAAUGUGUUUUGAAUUUACUGCUUCGAGCACCAGUCCUACAGAAGUCGUCUAGCGAGAUUCUUCUUCAGAAGUACGGUUAGACAAACAAAAAACUUGUUAUACACAUUGCCUUUUGGCUUACUUCCAACGACACAUUUCGAAGAAUUGAGAGUAUGAGUCCUUAAUAAGGAAUUUUUGGAAAAAAAGUUGUAAGCUACUUUAACGAACCGAGUAUGACAAGUGACGGUUUUAUAAAAUGCUUCCUUUGUUUUUAUUUUGUUUCAAGUGUUUUAGUUACAAGUAAUGGAUAUACUAUAAGUGUAAAUGAAAAUUUUAAUAAUAAUAGUUUAGUGAGGUCUCCAAGAGCAGUUAAAAAAUGUGACGGAUUUGUAUGUGCUACAUCGGGAACAUGUAUUAAACCUGAAGAAAGAUGUAAUGGUAAGGUAGACUGUCCAGAUGGUAGUGAUGAAUUUUCAGAUUGCAAAACGGCAGUACAAUGCCCUGGGUAUUUGUAUGUCUGUGAUUAUGGUGCUUGUAUAGAUCCAGACAAACAAUGUAAUGGAGUCCAAGACUGUAGAGACAAUUCAGAUGAGCUUUAUUGUCCUGACGCACCAUCUGCCAAUUGCAAAACAAAUCAGUUUGAAUGUAGUAAUGGUAAAUGCAUACACCGAGAUCUCAAAUGCAACGGCAUAGCCGAUUGUGAAGAUAAAUCAGAUGAAACUAAACAAGCCUGCUCAAACAUGUUCUGCCCUGGAUUUACUUUUGUUUGUGAUUAUGGCGCCUGUGUACCUGGCUACGCACCUUGUGACGGUAAUAAUGAUUGUAUUGAUGGCUCCGAUGAACGUAAUUGUGGAACCCCACAAAAGAAUACAACGAAGCCACCUGUAGUCGUUACCGUUAAACCACCGGUAACAGUUGCACCUGUAGGACCUGGUUGUAUAUUACCUCCUCAUCCAGAACAUGGACGAUGGAUCAUUCAAGUCAAGAAAAAAGUUCAACCAAACUCCAAAGUUGAAGUCAUGCAAACAGUAGACAUCCAACCAAACACCAAAGUAGGUCUUAGCACAAUCAUAUCAUUUAGUUGUGAUCCGCAGUAUGCAAUUUCUGGUUCAGCAUUUAGCGCUUGCUUUGAUGAAGGUUGGACUACUCCACCACCAACUUGUGAAAGAUUAUGUCCACCGCUUUCCAGUACAGAAACAACACAUGUUACUUGUCAAAACGAAAAGAAGGGAGAAGUAAAAUGUGAACAAGCUACACAUGGCACUAGCGCCAAAUUCGAAUGUGCUCCAUAUUAUGAAUCAGCUGACAGAGGUAGUCCGUUAAGAUUUUGCUAUGAUGGAAGUUGGAAUUUUCCACCACCACAAUGUAUUCCAGUUUGUGGACAGAAGCGUGUUACUGCAGAACCGCUUAUAGUAAAUGGACAAAACGUCGAAAAAGGUGAUUAUCCAUGGAUGACAGCUAUAUUUCAAAAGCAAGGAGGAGAGUUUAUGAAUGUUUGCGGAGGAUCUAUGCUGACACAAAAAGUUAUUAUAACAGCUGCGCAUUGUGUAACAGAUGCAAACGGAAGAAAAAUAAGCGAAGAUAAUGUAAGAAUUGGUGUUGGAAAAUACUAUAAGAAUUACAAUGACGCACGAGAUACUCUAGCUCAGUAUUCUCCAAUUCAAGAGAUUAAAGUACAUCCCAGAUACAAAGGGGAGGCACAAAGAUUCGCUUCCGAUAUAGCAUUUUUGGUGACAAAGGACAGAUUAGUGUUAUCAAAAGUAGUGCAGCCAGUUUGCUAUCAUAAUUUAAACGAUAACGAUAAUCGCUUAACUUCUAGAGAUGAGGGAGUGGUAACUGGAUGGGGUUAUACUGAAGCUGGUGGUAAACCGUCCGAGGAAUUAAAAGAAGUUAAAAUACCAUUCAAAGACGAUGCUACUUGUGUCGCUGAAUUACCAAGCGAAUGGAGUGACCAAUACUUUACAAAUGAUAAAUUUUGCGCUGGGCAUUAUAAUAAAAGCAUAGCGGUAUGCAAAGGAGAUAGUGGAGGAGGGCUUGUUUUUCCUAAUCGAAAGGAUGGAAGAUAUUAUAUCCAAGGUUUAGUUAGUGUAGGUCAUAGAGUAACGGAUGGCUGUGAUGUACAAAUAAGUGCCCUAUUCACUAAAGUAGCUUUCCACUUAGAUUUUGUGGAACAAGUAACUGCCCAAUACUCUUGAUGUAGCGUAUAGUUAGCAAAUAAAAUAUUUUUUUUAA